CCCUACCAUGGCUGGCUAAACGCAGGAGGAUGAGGAGAGAGAGUUCCGAUAUCAAACCAUCUUCACUGAACAACAAAAGUUUCGAUGCCAUUUUCCAUUUCAAUUUUCUCGGCUCCUCCUGGUGCUAUUCCCCUGUGCUCCAAUGUCCGCAGAAUCCCCCACUGCAGCUACCAUAUUGCGCCGAAUAGAUUACGAUCGCGAAGAGCUUCCAAUUUCUGCCAAAUAUUUCAUGGCUUAAGGCUCUGGAUAAGUGAGAGCCUAAGCCUUCUGCAACAUAAUGGGAAAUCUGGACAAACACAGAAGUUUAAGACUGUAAAAAAUCAUAAAGGAGAUGAGUUUGAUAAGCCUUUUGAGGAAACUUCGUCACAGGCUCAGCAAGUUCCUGAAGCAGUCUUGAAAUCCAACCUUUCCAGUGAUUCCAAUUCUGAAACAACUAAAACAAGUACACAUCCUGCAGCAUCUGAGAAUCUGCAAUCUGAUGCUCCAGAUUCCUCUGGGUCUUCUGGAUCCUUGCCACAGUCACUUAUGUCAAACCGCAUCGUCGGGGACGAAGAAGUACCAUCCCUCUGUAUUGCUGUCAUUGGAGCUACUGGUGAGCUCGCAACAAGAAAGAUUUUUCCAGCACUGUUUGCGCUGUAUUAUAGUGGCUUUCUCCCUGAGAAUGUUGGCAUUUUUGGUUAUUCAAGAAAAAAUAUAACAGAUGAAGAACUGCGGUCGAUUAUUUCUGCUACUUUAACCUGCCGCAUCGACCAUCAACAAAAUUGCAGUGAUAAAAUGGAUGCUUUUCUGAGUAGAACAUUCCAUGUAAAUGGAGGUUAUGACAACAAUAAGGGCAUGUCAAAGCUCAAUUUCCUGAUGGAGCAAAUUGAGAGGUAUUCCGAAGCAAACAGGAUAUUUUACCUCUCCGUGCCACAAGACGCCCUUCUGGAUGUUGCACUCUCUCUUUCCAGUAAAGCUCAAACAAAAAAAGGUUGGAAUCGUGUUAUCAUCGAGAAACCUUUUGGCUUUGACAUGAAGUCUUCUCAUUUUUUGACAAAAUCUCUUCUUUCUCAAUUUGAGGAAAACCAAAUUUACAGGAUCGAUCAUCUUCUUGGGAAGAACCUGAUUGAAAACCUUACAGUUUUAAGGUUUGCUAAUUUAGUUUUUCAGCCACUAUGGAGUCGUACAUUCAUAAGCAGUGUACAGGUCAUUUUAUCGGAAGAACUUGGAGUUCAAACAAAAAGAUUUUUGGACGGUGGUGGAAUCAUUGGGGACAUAGUGCACAGCCAUAUACUACAAACAAUCGCAUUACUUGCCAUGGAACCACCCAUUAGUCUCGAUGGUGAAGCCAUUCGAAAUGAGAAGGUUAAGCUUCUGAGAUCCAUUCGCCCAUUGGAACCUAGUGAUGUUGUUCUCGGACAGUACAAAUCUAGUGCUAAGGACAAAGUUGACCUUUUUCUCGACGAUCUGACCCCAACAUAUUUUGCUGGUGCUUUGUACAUUGACAAUGCACGUUGGGACGGUGUUCCUUUCUUGAUCAAAUCGGGCUUGGGACUAAUUAAACACAGUGUAGAGAUCCGUAUACAAUUUCGCCAGGUUCCAGGGAACAUAUAUCGCGAGCACAUUGGGUAUAACAGUGCAUCUACAACUAACGAGAUUAUUUUGCGUGAUAUACCUGAAGAGGCCAUUCUUGUCAGAGUUAAUAACAAGGUUCCUGGAUUGGGAUUGCGACUGGACUCUCCAGAGCUCAAUCUUCUUUACAAAGACAAGUACAACGUGGACGUGCCCGAUUCAUAUGAGCAUCUUCUCCUUGAUGUCAUUGAUGGGGAUAGCCAUCUGUUCAUGAGAAGCGAUGAACUCGCAGUUGCAUGGAACAUCCUAACUCCGAUCCUAAAUGAAAUCAAGGAGAAUAACAUUAAGCCCGAACUUUACGAGUUCGGUGGCAGAGGUCCUAUCGGAGCUUAUUAUCUGUGGGCCAAACACGGAGUUCGAUGGGUCGAGGAGUAAGCAGAAGGACAUUUUAUUCUAUGUCAAGCUCUCUCACUAAGAAACAGGCACACUAGAUUUGCCAAAUGGUUGAAUCAUUACAUUCAUCAUCCAUCUAGUUCAUUUAUUUGAAGCAGUUGGUCAUAAAAUUUCAACCUAGUAGACUAAAACCACAUGAUGAUGCAACUUCUGGUUGCGAUUCUCUACUUAGUUCCUUGUAAUGUUUUAUAGGAUUGAUCUCCCAUUGGUUUAAGACAUGAUGAAAGAAUGAGGAUUGUAUUGUACACCAUAUAGACAGAGUCAUUGCAUCAAAGUUAUUUUG